AAAGAAUGGCGAGGAUAGUCUAUCAGGGCUUAAUUUGUAUUAAAAAUAAAAAAAUAUUUUUGGAAAAUCCUCGUUCAUCCUGGAAACCAAAAAGACCAAAACUUGAUCAAUGCUUUACAAUCAACUUAUUUUUAUACUUAUUAGCACAAAAACCCGUAAAUUGCCUAAUGCUUAUGGUUACUGUUGAAAGCUAGCUGAAAGUCACUUCCUUUCUAAAUAAACAAACGUAAACGCGAUAGCCAUCUAGAUAGAUUUUGUAAAAAUAUUUUUUUGUUAACUCUAGUUAUAUUUUUACAAGACAAAACAAAGUAAAUAUUUUUCAAAAUCAGCCGUCGGUUAAAAAUUUGAAUUUUUGUCGUGAUCGACUGGACGGUAGCUAUAGCUACCCGAAAGCAUCUCGUCUCCAGGAGAAACAUCGCUUAGAGUCAAAUUUUUAUUAUUUAUUUAUUAAAGAAAAGUAUUCUAUUUGUUGUAAAUGCAAGUUCUGAGAGAAUAUGGCGUCGUGCCAGACGUUAUCGAUAGGAUAGUGGGCGAAAAAGUAGAGGGUUUUAGGUAAACUACAAGCAGGGAAGAGCGAUGGUUGAACUUGGAAAUAUUCUCACACCUACCGACACGAAAAACCCUCCUAUUUUAAAAUGGUCAUCAGAUCCCAAUGCUCUUUACCUUAUUUGCAUGAUUGAUCCUGACAUGCCGAAUCCGUCAAAGCCAAGGCUGAAAGAAUUUCAGCAUUGGGUCGUCGGAAAUAUACCAGGGGACGAUGUACCGACUGGCGACGUGCUCACUGCGUAUAUUGGUCCAGUACCGCCUCAGGAUGGUGGUAUCCAUAGAUAUAUUUUUCUUGUGUAUAGGCAAAAUAAAGAAUUGGGGUUUGAAGAGCAAAUUAUAAUGAAAAGUGAAGGUGCGGCAAGAGCGAGAUUCAAUGUGGGUUUGUUCGCACGAAGGCAUCAACUCGGUGAACCGAUAGCGGUGAACUUUUUCAGAGCUCAGUAUGACAGCCAAGUGAACAUUGAGAUGAAAUCCUUCAGUGAUUCCAUAUACAGCGAAUCAACCGACAUCGACCAAGUGACUUUUAAGCAUGUAAAGAGGCAGGACAAAUCUGUGAGCCAGAAUUAGCAUCAUUUUUUUAAACAUUUUGAUAAACUUCAUAAAAUAAAUUACAUAAAAUGUACCUGUUCUUAUAAUUAACAAAAUAAAAUAAAAAUAUGAAAAGGUGGUACCUACAGUUUUACUUGUAGAUAUAGUCAAUAAAAUAAUUGUUUUCUUAAAAGUUU